AUGGUUGAUGAAGAUAGUGGGCGUGGUUGGAGUUCGAGGUCUCAGCCUACAUCUCAAUCUACAGCUGACCCUUCGUACGAACCUGGUUCUAGUUCCACCAUCGCUCCAAUAGACCCAACAGCUCCUACCACCCCAAGCGUUCCGAUACAAGAUGACAACGACGAAGCUUCCGGAUCUGGAUCUGGAUCAAAAUCAGUCGUGACGGUAAAUAUUCACAAUCCUGCUGUCACUUAUGGAGGACUUAAUCCGGAAAUUGAAGAAAAUAUUGAUAUUAUCAAAGCCGUCUCUGGUGAUGAUACUAUCCGUAAUACACUUGCUUUCAACUUGUACGAGGAUGAUUUCGAUGUGCCGGUAAAACGGCGUAGCGCAAGCGAAGCAGACCGAGACCUAAGUCCUGUCAAUUUAUUCUCGGGCAAACAACUCGAUACGAGCCCAUUUCUCGAUCUACCACCCGAAUUAAUCGAUGCGAUACUAUCCUGGCUGACGCCAUUGGAGUUAGCUACCGUUUCGGUAGUCUGUCGCGUGUUACGCGAACAUGCAAAUUCGGACGCACAAUGGAAACAACAUGUAUUAUCGAACCUUCCAGGAAACCGUGUAUCUUCUCCCUACCCAUGCGAAAAUUGGCGUGAGCUGUAUAUAUCACACGAUCCAUAUUGGUUCCUAACGAAACAUAAAAUAUGGUUUUGCGAUCGAGAAUUGACAGGUCAGGUAAUUAUUAUUCGUUAUGACGAACGACGGGGUUGUAUUGAAGGGUACCAAAUGCUUGCCACGCGAAAUAGAGAGGGAAGCGAACCGUGGAUUACCAACCAAGAUGUUCAUAUUCAUCAUUUCGAGCCUACGGUCAAAUUACAUCUCGACAAGCCCAUAAUACAAUUAAACGCCGACAGUCUUGAGAACAUAAUCCGUGGAAAGUCAUCAGCUUUAUCUCUUCGGCAUUUCUUUUCAGAACAACCUAUGCGUAUUAAUAAUGGGACGGAUCCUCGAUUUACCAAUUUUCUGCUCGCGAAACCGCUUAGUAAGACAGCCUUAGCCGGUCGGACGCAGAACGGAUUUCCCCACGGUUAUGUUUGGCCUCCGCCUGCGAUUCCAGCUCGUCAUCGUGUAACGGGUCAACCAGCAGGUGUUCAUCCACUUGCGACAUCUCUUAAUUACACAAGGUCUACGGCAGCGAUGUGGCAACCUCAUGAUCGUUCAGAGGCAUCUGAUCAAAUCUUUCGUAUUAGGCAAUGGAUGGAAAUGGGUCCACCUACUCUUGGUGUACAUUUCGCCGAAGAAGUUGUGACUUAUUCUACUCUUGAUCCCAGCUUAUACACUCCAACAGCUGAGAAGCCUUGGAAAGGGAUAUGGGUUGGUGAUUAUAGUGGACAUGGUUGUGAGUUUCUACUACUCAAUCAACCGGAAGAGGAAUACGAAAAGAACGAGGAACCAUUAGAACGUCUCGAGGGUGAAACUGACGCUCAAUUUGAAGAGCGUUUUAAACACGAGCGCGUAUAUCGUGGCCGGCUAGAAGCAAUCAAGUUGACUGGUGAUGCGAAUGUACCAAGAGGCGAGUAUACAUUCGUCGCCGAUGACUUGAGCGACAAUGCAUUCAUUGGUAUAGCUCAAGACCCACCUUUCGAGGGUUCUCGAAUGGUAAAGAGUAGAGGUCAUAUCGCGCAUAUGGGAUUUUAUAACGAUCGGUACAUCGAAUCACAAUUAAUCUUACUAUCGCAUAAUCGCCUAGCACAAUAUUGGGUUGGAUUUGGUCAUAUUAGCUACUUUGAGAGGGUUUAUAUUGACCAAUUCCUCGUUCCCCAAUAGUGGUUGGUAUUCUAACGUAUAUACAUCACUUCUAGGUACAUAGGAACUCGAGGUACAUAUUGAUACAUGUCAUAAUUCAACACUCGGCCUGUUUCUUGCGAUCAGGCGACAUUAAUAUAUCCUUUAAUCUUUUUUACUUCUAGGUAUCGUAACGGGGCCCAUCGCUAGCGCUACGAGCGUCCCUCACUUCGUUCCUCAUAGCGAUCGACGAGAUGGGACGAUAUUAAUUGUUAAAGUUCGAUUUUCAUGGCCUAUAAUAUCUAGACGGACACUUGGCUUAUAUCGUUACGUAUCCUAGCUUAAGAUCAAUUAUCACUAGACCUCCUAAUAGGAUAGUGAUAUCCGCCCCCUUCAAAGCGAGUCACGAGACAUAUGACAUAACUCGCAGGAGAUAUUAUUCAGGAGAAAUUGGGCCCAAUGAAAGCUACACCUACUCCUUGGUAGUUCAUUUUCUCUGUUUCUAAGAUAUAACAUCGCCAAUUAAUUACUAAAUAAUUCGAAUUGGGCUGUUUCAAUACGU